AUGGGAAAACGGAGGGUGCCGGAUCUCUACAGAGCUCCUUUUCCCUUGUACUCCAUAAAAAUAGACCCUAAAGCAGGUCUAUUGGUAGUAGCAGGAGGAGGAGGGGCUUCCAAUACUGGCAUUAAGAAUGGUUUGCACUUCCUGGAGCUACAGUUGGUCGGAGAAAACCAGUACAGUGCCAGCCUGGUUCAUUCACAUGAUACUGCCACACGCGCCACAAUGAAUUUAGCAUUGGGCCAUGGCGUGAUAGCUGCAGGACAAGAUGGAACAUGCUCUUUGAUGAAAUUUGAGGACUGCGCACAGAAACGUGAAGGCAAACCUUCUAAUGAUGAAAAUAAUGUGAAAAAGGGUCAUGCCAGACAUCGAGGCGGGAAAAGAAACAAGGAUGGAAAGGAUGACGCGUCUGUCUCUGGAUCUGAUACGAAGGAUGAGACGGCACAAAUCUCUGUGACAAGCCUGGCUGAACUGCAAUCAGACCUGAACCCUUUGGAUCCUCUCCAAAAGGUGGUCAGAUUUAGUCAAGACCUGAGCUUACUCCUGACUGGAGGCACAGACGGACACAUUAGAGUCUGGGAGUUUCCAUCACUAAAGAAAAAGUUUGACUUCAAAGCGCAUGAAGGAGAGAUAGAAGACUUGGAUCUCAGCCCAGGAAACAAGCACCUGGUAACUGUUGGCAGGGACUUCGCUUGCAGUGUGUGGCGCAACAACCAACAAGUUAUGGGUCUUAAAUGGCAUGAGACAAUUCAGGUAGCUGAAAAGACAUAUCGCUAUAUGGCUUGCAGGUUUGGAAAGGUUGAAGACCAAAAGGAUGGACUAAGGCUGUACACGGUUCAGAUCCCCCACAAAAGAGAGCGAAAACCUCCCCCUUGUUACCUCACCAAGUGGGAAGGCAAAAGCUUCCUCCCGAUGUUGACUGCUCCAUGUGGGGGAGAGGUCAUCUCAAGCCUUGCUGUAAGUGAUUCUGGAACAUUUCUUGGACUGGGAACUAUAACAGGAUCAGUUGCUAUCUACAUUGCUUUCUCCCUGCAGAGGUUGUAUUACGUGAAGGAGUCCCAUGCCAUUGUUGUGACAGACCUGGCCUUCCUCCCUGACACGUUUAAAGGCCAAAGUAUCAAAGGAAACAAUGAAACGGCCAUGAUUAGUGUAGCAGUAGACAGCCGCUGUCAGCUACAUGCCGUCCACAACCGAAGAACUUUUCCCCUCUGGAUUGUGCUGUUUUUCUGUGGUCUCGUUGUGGUGGGAAUCGUGCUGCUCCUUCAGUAUUUCAUCCCAGGGUUUUUAUGA